AUGACCUACUUCGGCCUGCGGCUGCUUACAUUAGCUUGUACGUACGAGUACCAUGUUGUUUCCAGAAUGGCUUGUAUAACAAAGUGCAGGGUCACGGCUCAUGAUGUCCUCGCGAUCUCUCUCCGCGCGGUACUUUACUAUUUGGGCAAGAAUGCUGCAAUGCGUGUGAAAGUGCGGGCCGAGAUCCGAGAAGCCGAGUUGGCCGGGAAGCUCUCUCUGGUUGCGCAGCAGAGAGAAACCUCCGACCUGGAAUAUGUCAAUGCAGUCAUCAUGGAGGCACUUCGAAUCCACCCCAGCACAGGGCUCAUGUUCGAGCGCUAUGUACCAGCAGGCGGAGUGGUACUUCAUGACAAGUUCAUCCCUGCAGGUACAACAAUCGGAGUUAAUGCCUGGGUUUUCAACCGAGAUAAGGAUAUUUUUGGGGAGGACAGUGACGUGUUCCGUCCAGAAAGAUGGAUUGAAAGCAAUGCCGAGCGCGUCAAGGAAAUGAGAAGAUACAUGUUCACUUUUAGCACUGGGUCCCGCGCGUGUAUUGGCAAGCACUUAGCCAUGAUGGAGACCACCAAGCUCAUCCUGCCAGAUCCGAAUCAUGAAUGGGACGUAGGUGGAAAUUGGCUGACUACUCAAACUAACAUGGAUAUGAUCUUCACCAAGCGCCCUGUAUCGAAUCUCUGA